UGCUUCCCGCCAGCAAAGACCACGCCGCCCGCGGGAAGCCGAGCCAGAGCCCUCGGGGAAACAUGAAGAGCCUCUUGCUGCUGGCCACGCUCCUGGUCCCUGCGCACCUGGCGGUCGCCUGGAGCGCCAAGUAUGCGGUGGACUGCCCCGAGCGCUGCGACAGCGCCCAGUGCAAAAGCAGCCUGCGCUGCAAGCGGACAGUGCUGGACGACUGCGGCUGCUGCCGGGUGUGCGCCGCGGGGCUGGGCGAGACCUGCUACCGCACCGUGUCGGCCAUGGACGGCGUCAAGUGCGGCCCGGGGCUCAGGUGUCAGUUUUACAGUGAGGAGGAUGACUUUGGUGACGAGUUCGGUAUCUGCAAAGACUGCCCCUACGGCACCUUCGGGAUGGAAUGCCGGGAGACCUGCAGCUGUCAGUCGGGCAUAUGUGACAGAGUGACUGGCAAGUGUCUGAAAUUUCCCUUCUUCCAAUAUUCAGUAGCCAAGUCUUCCAACAGGAGAUUUGUUUCUCACACAGAGCAUGACAUGGCAUCUGGAGACGGCAAUUCUGUGAGAGAAGAACUUGUAAAAGAGAAUGCCCGCUCUCCUGUAAUGAAAUGGUUAAAUCCUCGCUGAUCCUGGGUGGGAUUUUUGAGAGAAGACUCUUAUUUUAAUGAUCAUUCAACACACAGCCAACAUUUUAGGAACUGUCUAGAUUAUAGCAUAUGGACAUGUGAUAUUGGGAGGCCAAGUGUGUGGGUCCGGAAAAAAAAAAAGUAGGCUACUA